UUUUUUUUUUCUACCUUUGAGUUUUCGCUUUCCUUUGUCUGGGUCAUGGAGCCCGUGCCAACGCUCCUUCUCUUCUCACUAGCGAUGCUAGUGGGCUCGUAUGUUGCAGGCCUCCUUCCGCUCUCCGUCAAGCUCUCUGAGUCGCGCAUCAAGUUCAUGACCGCUCUGGGUGCUGGCCUGCUUGUAGGCGCCGCGUUGGCAGUCAUCAUUCCCGAAGGAGUGAACGCACUCUACAUGCCCCGUGAGCCAUCAGCAGAGCUCCUGGCAGCACAUGCCGCUGAUCCACACGCUGGACACGACCAUGGCAACGACGGGAGCAUCACUUCUCGAUUCCGAAACUUUUUCGCACCGGACGAUCCGCAAGCAGCCGCUGAAGCCAAGCAAAACCGAAGAGGUCAGCAGUUGCUACCGUGGGUGGCCGAGCGACAGGACAACGCACAACAAGACGCAGUGGUCCCACUGGUUCCACAAGCGGAUCCUUCGAUUGGCGGCCAACGACGACUCCAGGCGGCAGCAGAAGAGCACAACCACAACCACGAAGACGAAGCGUGCCCGCAUCCAUCCCAUUCAGGCAUCGGCGCAUCGCUCAUCUUUGGCUUCAUUCUCAUGUUGCUGAUUGACCGGAUAAGCUCCGGUAGCGGGCAUGGCCAUUCCCACGGGUUGCCAAGCAGUUCUUCCAACAACAACGAGAAGAGCGUCACGACCACUGUCGGCCUGGUCGUUCAUGCUGCAGCGGACGGAAUUGCUCUGGGCGCCGCUGUAGCCUCACAGCGUUCCAGCGUCGAAAUGCUGGUCUUCCUCGCCAUCAUGCUGCAUAAGGCUCCAUCCGCGUUCGGGCUGACAUCCUUCCUUGUGCACGAAGGCUUUGACAACCGACGGGUGCGAAAGCACCUGCUCAUUUUCUCUUGCUCGGCACCUAUUGGCAGCAUUGUCACAUACCUGUUUUUGAGAAUGGGCGGCAACACCCUGCUCCAAAUGGAUCCCAGCACCGCAACUGGGUACGCGCUCCUCUUUUCGGCUGGCACGUUCGUGUACGUGGCAACCAUGCAUGUCCUUCCAGAAAUCAUGCACGUACACCCUGCAUCGACCUCCGCAAGCAAUGCCAGUGGAAGUGGAGACGGCUCGUUGAGCCGUGACCAAUUCUGCGCUCUCAUCGUGGGAAUGGUUGCCCCACUGUUCAUGUCGAUCGGGCAUUCCCACUAAUCGCUGCGGUCUGCUCGAUCCAGUGGUUUUUUUUUGAAGUUUAAGUAUCGUUAUUUUCUCCUUGUUCGCUGUUGCAUCCCCAAUGUUGUCUGUACUUUUUGUGCUUUUGUUCUACGUUGUCUAAAUCUUACUAAAGUCGGAAACAAAAA